CACAACUGAGUUUUGGUGUUGCUGGGCGAAUCAUUAAUCAGUCAAUAAAAGAGUCGGCACAAUGGACGAUGAAGUAGCUGAGCUCAAGAAGAGCGGGUAUGCCCUCGGCGCUUUGCUGGGGGAGGGCUCCUACGCUAAAGUCAAGAGCGCAUUUUCUUCAAAACUCAAUGGCAGGGUCGCAGUGAAAAUCAUCAACAGGAAAAAGGCGCCUAAAGACUUCCGGGAAAAGUUCCUUCCUCGAGAAUUAGACAUCAUCAAAUGGAUCGAUCAUCCGAACGUGGUGAAAUUGUAUGAAAUUAUAGAAUUCAACGGAAAGGUUUAUAUUAUGAUGGAGUAUGCAGGCCACGGGGAUCUUUUAGAAUACAUCAAACUCCGCGGAGCAGUGCCAGAAGAUCGUGCCCAGACCAUGUUCAAACAAAUUGUCUACGCCGUGGCCUAUCUCCACGGACAGAAAAUAGUCCACAGAGAUAUGAAAUGUGAAAAUCUCCUUCUGGAUUGUAUGAACAACAUUAAAAUAUCCGAUUUUGGAUUUGCUCGUUACUUCGAACCUAGCGACGUCAGCAAGACAUUUUGCGGAAGCGCAGCAUACGCAGCUCCGGAAGUUCUUCAGGGAAUUCCCUAUCACCUACCGUCUCACGACAUCUGGAGCAUGGGGGUCAUUCUGUAUAUCAUGGUAUGCGCCUCUAUGCCCUAUGACGACUCAAAUAUCAAGAAGAUGGUCAACCAACAACUUGAAAAGAAAAUUGGGUUCUCCAGAGGCAAAAAGUUGUCCCUGGAUGUGAAGGACCUCGUCAUCAGACUGUUGGAGGUUAACGUCAAGAAGCGACCGAAUGUUGCCGCAAUCAAAAAUCACCCAUUCGUGUUGAACGCUGCUGCGCAGAACGGCGAAUGUGACCAGAACCAGCAAGCAUCCAGUAGCUCCGACAGACCUGUUUGUAGAAAGGACAACUCGUUUGGCUCGUCUCUCAAGAUAGACCUCACCGACAAGGUCCGCCUCAAGGAGCGGUAGCCAGCUUUAAUCUGUUAUACUUUCUACGAGAAUAUCAAUUUAUUUGUCGUCAAGUUAAUUUAAUAAUAAUAUACAUAAUUCACCAAUUAGA